GCAGGCUUGGGUGUUGAAGUAGAAGCGGCGGCCACCUGAUUCAUAUGUAGUCGGCGCUCAAAUAAUGGGGCGAGUUUGCCGUUCUGCUAGCUAGCACGGCUAGUACCCAAGCUAGCGUUGGCCACCGCCGUCUGUUGAAGUUAGCUUUGGUCAGACUGAUGGCGCUCAGCUGCUGACACUGGCAAAGUUCCGCUUGCUCAUUAAUGAUUAACGCAGUACAAGUCCCACUGUCUGACAGUCCCAUUAAAAAGUCUCAACAUCAGCAUAGAAGAUGGAGAAGACUGAGGUUGUUUCCAAUGGAGAAGGCCCAAUACAGGAACAGCAGGAGCCCAAACUCAGUCCUGACGACUUGUCCGAGAUGUUGGCAGCAGGGACCAAAGAGAUUCAUGAGAAGGCUGAAAACACUCAGUUUGUCAAAGACUUUCUGAGGGGGCGUAUCCGCAAAGAGCUGUUUAAGCUAGGUGCUGUGGCACUCUACUACACUUACAAAGCCAUGGAGGAGGAGAUUGAGAGGAACAAGGACCACCCCAACUUUGCCCCUCUCUAUUUCCCCGUGGAGCUACAUCGGCAUGAAGCCCUGGCUCGUGACCUGGAGUACUUCUAUGGGCCAGAUUGGCAGAACCAGAUCAGCUGCUCCCAAGCCACCCAACGAUAUGUGGACCGCAUCCAUGAGGUAGGGCAGGAGGACUCAGUGCUGCUGGUUGCUCACGCCUACACCCGCUACAUGGGAGACCUAUCCGGAGGCCAAGUCCUAAAGAAGGUAGCCCAGCGAGCCCUAAAGCUGCCCCCCACGGGGGAGGGCCUGGAGUUCUAUCAAUUUGAUGCCAUCCAUAGCGCCAAGGCGUUCAAACAGCUGUACCGCAGCAGGAUGAAUGAACUGGAGUUGGACGUGGAGACGAAGCAGAAGCUAGUGGCCGAGGCAGUCAAGGCCUUCCAGUUCAACAUGGAGGUGUUUGAGGAGCUAGAGGAGACGGGUAAAACCAUCGAGGAGGACGUCUUGGAUGCUGGCAUGCCCGUCCAUGGAGCAAUUGGGGGAGACAUCAGCAAAUGCCCAUACUAUGCUGCCAAAACGGUGGCAAGUGGUGGAACAGCGUAUGUGUGUCAGUUAGCCAUGGCUGUGCUCAGACACCCAACAGGGCAGGUCCUGUUUGCCGCCUGGGUUGCAGCACUGGCUGGGUUGGUUGCGUGGUAUCUCAUGUAAUCCAGCCCUUAGUCAGACGCUAUGCUGCCAUGAGAAGGAGGGGGAGCAUGGAGGAGACACAGAGAGGAGAAUGGAAAAGUCCCGACAAUCUAGGAAAAACUAGAUGACCUCUAGGAUAUGAACCAUCCGCCCCUCAGACCUUCUAAGUGGUUCUCCUCUCACCUUUUCAUUUCUCUACCUCCCAUAAAACUCUCUCCAUCCCAUAUCCUCUCAGUGUGGCUGCCCGAAUCGCAGGCCCUGUUAAAGCUGUGCAAUGCUUUUUCCCCCCUCAAGUUUUGUCAUGAUCGAAGCACAAAGAUGAUAUCUGAAUACACUUGAGACAUUUGUAAAGAAUGCUUUACAUUUUUUCCUGCCUAAUUCUGAUCAGAUUGGCUGUAAACAAUUUUUUGUUUGAUUUUAUUUUUUUAUAUAUAUAAAUGGGUAAAGCUCAUUUAUGAUUUAUCACUUAGCUAAAGGCUAUGCAUUCAUUGAAUAUUGUAGAUCAAUCAAAACUGAUUGAUGAUUUCUUGAAAUUAUACUGUGCAUGUGUUAUGCAUGGGUAUGGAAACUAGGUUUUCUGCAAGGCAAACCUGACUACUGUGUUCAGACUGAAUUCUUCAGGUGGAUUGGACACUAAAACAAAAAAUGGACAAGUUCACUUAAAACUAAAGAAAUUAACGGUUUUCUUUAAUAAACCCUUAGUGCAGUUUGAAACAAAUUGCUGAAGAACAUUCAAAUAAUUACAAUAUUUAACCGACACAUAUUUCUUCCUCCUAGAAUCAUUCCUGGCCAUUCACUUUGUGUACAUGUCAAGUAUGGAACAGGUGUUCAGAACCAAUUCUUGCACGACUGUAUAAUAAACAAACGGGUUUUAAAUAUCGGCAAAAUUCUACAAAUACACCUUUGUAGUUUUACGUUCCAGUUUAUUUACAUGAGUCAAUACAUUUUAUUUCUACUGUUGCUUGUUCAAAUGGGACAGCUGUUCUGUAGGAGAGCAUAUUUUGCACUCAUCACUUUUUUUUUCCAAGAAAAAUUGUCUCUAUUACUUUGCUCACACAACCAUCCAACUAACUGAUUAAUGUACCAGCCAUAUCCGUCCUACAGCAGGUAAAAGUGUCCUCAGCAUAGCACAUUAUAGAGGAGGUCACGGUCUCUUUGGCUUCCUCAGCUGCUGUGAUGCAAGUUCAGCUUUAUUGCAUGAAGGCAAAAUGCAACAUUGUGUAGUGGUUUAUUAAAGUAAAAACACCACAGGCAGGUAAGAUGGGUGAAAUGUACUGUUAAGUAUUUCAGCACACAUGCUUUUGUUUAUCUUUCACUCUCUGAUGAAUAUACCAAUAUGAAUUCUGACUGACCAUAUGAUUUGAAUAGCUUUUUUUUAACGUUUUUUUUUUUGCAUAUAGGGCACAUCUUUUUCAACAUUGAUAAAGAAUAUAAUUAUUUACUGUACAAGUGGUUUUUUGUAUUAACUGCUUUUUUUUUUUUAGUUUCAUUGUGACAGAAAUGACAUUCCCUCCAUUUUGUACCAUGAUCCUUUCAUUGUCCUUCAGAGUGAUUGGUUUCUUUUAUUUUGCUGGGGGAUUUUGGAUACCGAGUACCAAGUGACACUUUUCACUUGAAACGAGUUCCUGUUCUUAGUAUUCCCGAAUUGCAUUCACACUUAAAUUUGAUGUGCAGCACUUUAGGUUAAUGAAUUUGUGGUACAGCUUUUUUUUUGACCAGGAAGCUGCAGAUGUAGUUUAUGCGGGGAGUCCCAAGUCAGAUGGCGAUGUAUUAGGAGGAAAAGCAUGAAUGUUUUUCUUUAUCUCAGUGUGCCAGUAUGAUUUUCCUUUUACAGUAUUUUGGACAGAGCAAAGGGGUGGACUUUGGACCUAAGGAGGCACUGCUAGAAUGGUGGUGGCCAUAGACUUAACUAUGUAAAACCCUCUAUAUUGAGUGAGUGGAUUUUGUUGGCCAUUUUGUGCUUAUUUUACAAUUUCUUGACUCUUCACUAGCUGUUCUCAAUUCCACGGUGCAGCUAACUCGGUUGUGAUUUUUUUCAGUGACUGUCAAAAAUGCCCUUAUUGGGUACGAGUAAAAAUCACAAGAAUACAUUGUGUGUUCUUUGAAGGAGUAAAAAAUGUUGAAAAUUAACAUUUGAGUAGAUUUUGUUGGCCAUUAUAUGCUUAUUUUACAAUUUCUUGACUCUUCACUAGCUGUUCCCAAUACCACAGUGCAGUUAACUCGGUUGUGCUUUUUUCAGCGACUGUCAAAAAUGCCCUGAUUGAGUACAAGUAAAAAUCACAGGAAUACAUUGUGGUAAUGUUCGAGUAGAUUUUGUUGGCCAUUAUGUGCUUAUUUUACGAUUUCUUGACUCUUCACUAGCUGUUCUCAGUACCACGGUGCAGCUAACUCAGUUGUGAUUUUUCAGCGACUGUCAAAAAUGCCCUGAUUGAGUACAAGUAAAAAUCACAGGAAUACAUUGUGUGGUCUUUGAAGGAGUAAAAAAAACUUUGAAAAUUAACAUUUGAGUAGAUUUUGUUGGCCAUUAUGUGCUUAUUUUACAAUUUCUUGACUCUUCACUAGCUGUUCAGUACCACGGUGCAGCUAACUCGGUUGUGCUUUUAUCAGCGACUGUCAAAAAUGCCCUUGUUGAGUACGAGUAAAAAUCACAGGAAUACAUUGUGUGGUCUUUGAAGGAAUAAAAAACUUUGAA